AUGGAGAAUACCAUGGAAACGGAUAUGGUAGCCAUGAUGAGAAGAGCUCAUGGUCAUUGUCAGGACCCUGCUUCUGUUACUUUCUCUGUGCUAAGCCUAGCGAUGCAUUUCCAUGGCUGGCUCUCCUUCUUCAUUACACUAUACUAUAAAUUUCCUCUCAAACAAGAUAGGACGGUUUUCCACACUCGGGAAUCAUCUACACAUUACUUUUACCAUCCACAAUCUUCUGGUGAUCUGUCUCUAUGGUUUCUCAGGGAUGUUGACAUCAUAAAGAGGUUAGACUACUCAUCUGCAAUAGCCGUUCUCGGAUUCUCACUCAUCAUAUCCAUCCUAAGAACCUUUGAUGUUCGGGUGGAGGCUGCAAGAGUCAUGGUAUCCGCUCCAGUACUAGCUUUAGUCACCACCCACGUACUGUACAUUAACUUCUACAAACUUGACUAUGGUUGGAACAUCAUUGCGUGUGUGGCCAUGGGAGUCGCUCAGCUUUUCCUAUGGGCAAGAUGGGCAGCUGUUUCUAGGCAUCCUUCUAUUUGGAAACUGUGGGUGGUUGUGAUAGCUUAA